GCACACUAGAGAUCAUGUUGUGAUCUGGAACCGCUGCGGGGAAUGCUGGGAGGGGGAAUAACGGGGGCUGCGGCGGUCACCCUAACAUUAACCGGCACUAAGGAUGCGUUUCUGCGCCUGUCACACGAACUCAGGGCACAGCUGCGCCUGGAACAGUGCUGCGCUCUGCAGGUGUCAUGGGAGGAAGAGCAGCCGGUCUAUCUCGGGUGGAUGGAGAAUCGUAGGAUUUCAGACUACACUAUGGUGGAACUCAACAGGCAGCUGGGAGAGAAACUGGGACUUGUGGAUGGACAGCAGGUGUUCCUUAAACCGUGCAGUAAUGUCCCAUCGUGUAAGGAAGUCACAGUUGAACCACUGUCUGCCGAUGACUGGGAAAUACUGGAGCUGCAUGCGUCCGCCCUUGAAAUGCACCUUCUCGACCAGAUCCGAAUAGUGUAUCCCAAAGCUGUUUUUCCAGUGUGGGUGGACCUGCGCACGUGUAUCUACAUUCAGAUAGGGAUGUUGACACCAGCUGCAAAUUAUGGCCGACUAGAACCCUUGACGGAGUUAAUAGUGUCUCCAAAAAGCAGAACAUCUGAGAACGUGCCGUCACAUUUUCCGUCUUUAAAAACCGCAGAAGGUGACUUUGGAUACAGUAGAAUGACACAUGGAACCACAAGUAUUAGCGAUACUUCAUCACUGAAAGACACAAGUCAAACCUCCGAAAUGGAGGCUUCCGGUAUAUGGAACUCAUUAGGAAACCUCCUUUCUUGGGCCCUUGGAAAAAAUCCCUCACAGGCUCAAGAUUCCCCUAAGGAUGUCUUCCAGAGGACUUUGCUGAAAAGCGUCAGCCUAGAAGCGGUUUUCCGCGUAUCCCGCCAUGUUCCUCCCAUCGUAAGUAAUAGCCGAGCGUUCCUCGAACAUAAAAAUGAGAACACAGUUCAGGUGUUUCAAUGGUACCCGGAACCCUCGGGAUUACUUACAGACAUAGUCGUAUCCUAUGGAACCAUUAUAGAAAUCCCUUCUCCGAAGAGACGCAAAAAGAAGAGCAAAUCGAGCGCAGAGCGAUCCGCGGGGGAGAAGGAAAAGACCGCCACGGAGAUACCCGAAGCCGCGGUAAAGAUUGUCUGGCACGGGUUUGAAGAUAUCAAAGAUGUCAUUGACUACGACACCAGAAAUGGGAAUACACAUAUUGCAAAAGUUUGGAUUCCUGAGAAAUUAAGAAAAAAUAUGAAUAUUAACAUAUCUUCAGCUGUCAGGAUACAAUCAUUGGAACCCCAGCCCAGGAUCCCUUCAUCCAUCACGCUGCAGCCUCGCCAGUGCUUGGAUAAAAAUAUAAAAGCGGAAGACGUUAAAGCUGCGUUCAGCUCUUGGCUGCGGUCACACAGCAACUCCUCGUCGCCUUGGAUUUCAGGGAAGACAGACACUGCACAACUUUCGAUUGGUGAAGAAACAGCAGAAUUCUCGUUUAGUCUAGAAGAUUCUUCAGAACCGACAAGCCAAGAGAACAUAUUCAUGUUAUGUCAGGACUUCACACAGAAGACAAAAAUUCAUGUGAAUUUAGAAUUUACUCCUCCUGAAAGUCCUCCUACUCCCCCGCAGCCUGACCAGGACCUCCUCUACCUGCAGAUGAACAGAUUGGGCGGUGUCGAUGGUUUACUAACAACGUGCUACGAGCAUAUUGUUCACUGUCUAUUAGGAAGACCAUUAUCCAGACAGUUUGUCUCCACAGCAUGUGGACUCCGCAGUGGAGCUGUCCUCCUUUCUGGACCAAAGGGUUGCGGAAAGUCCACUAUAGCAAGGGCUUUGUGUAAAGAGGUGUUCGACAGGCUGGAUGCUUACGUGGAAGAAAUCGACUGCAAAUUAUUAAAAGGAAAGACCCUCGAAAGCUUAUGCCAGACUCUGGAAGAAGGAUUUGCUGAGGCAGCUUGGAGACAGCCAGCUGUUGUAUUACUGGAUGACCUGGAUCUGAUCGCUGGUGUGCCGAUAACACCAGAACAAGAGCAUAGCCCGGAGGCCGUGCACAGCAAGCAAGUUUCAUAUGUGCUGAAAGAUCUGAUGAAAGAAUUAAUUCGGAUGGAAACCCAGAUCGCUGUCAUUGCAACAAGCCAGUCUGAGCACUCUAUAAACCCCAUCCUCAUUUCAUCACAAGGAGUUCAUCUUUUCCAGUGCCUUAAAUCCAUCCCGCCUCCAGCUCAGAAAGAAAGAUCAGAGCUUUUACACUAUAUUGUAGAAAACAGACUGUCCUGUGAUAUUUCUCGCUUCAAAGACCUGGAUCUCCAUCACCUUGCGAGGGAGACGGAAGGUUUUGUAGCCAAAGAUUUUGUCAUGCUUGUGGAACGAGCCAUAGAAUCCAGCGUGGCUACAAGGAAGAUCUGCAGUAAACAAGAUUUAGUUUUGUUAACCUCAGACUUCCAGAAAGCUCUUAAAGGCUUCACCCCCAUGUCUCUGAAGAACGCCAAUUUACACAAGCCAAAGGACCAGGGCUGGAACAUGGUGGGAGGAUUGCAUGAUGUGCGGCAGGUCCUGAAGGACACCAUAGAGCUCCCAGCCAAGUAUCCAGAGUUAUUUGCCAACCUUCCAAUCCGGCACAGAUCUGGCGUGUUGCUGUAUGGCGCCCCGGGCACUGGGAAGACUUUGUUGGCUGGUGUUAUUGCUCACGAGAGCGGGAUGAAUUUUAUCAGUAUUAAGGGUCCUGAGCUGCUCAGCAAAUACAUUGGAGCCAGUGAGCAGGCAGUGCGGGAUGUGUUUAUGAGAGCUCAGGCAGCCAAGCCCUGCAUCUUGUUCUUUGAUGAAUUUGAUUCCAUUGCUCCACGGAGAGGACACGAUAACACAGGCGUCACUGACAGAGUGGUCAACCAGAUGCUGACCCAGCUGGACGGCGUGGAGGCGCUACAAGGUGUUUACGUCCUGGCAGCCACCAGUCGCCCUGAUUUGAUUGAUCCGGCCUUACUGCGACCUGGACGCUUGGAUGAAUGUCUGUACUGUCCGCCCCCAGACCAGGCCUCUCGAUAUGAAAUCCUGAAAGGUCUCAGCCGCUCCAUGACGUUGGACGGUGAUGUGGAUUUUCAGUAUAUUGCCAGUCGGACGAUGACCUUCACCGGAGCAGAUCUGAAAGCGUUGUUAUACAAUGCACAGCUCGAGGCCAUCCAUUCCAGCCUAGCACCCCAGGACAGCGGGUCUGGAUCGGACAGUGACGCCAGUUUAUCAUCAAUGAUUUUCCUGAACCACAGCAGCGUUUCGGAUGAAUCUUCAGGAGAACCGGACAGCACCCUAGAGCAGUCUCUUACCUCUCUGGAUAUGGUCAAAAUUCCUCCGCAUGAUGCAAAGUCCAAUAUCUGGCGCCUUUAUUUUGGGAGUUCCAAUGACUCUGACUUGGGGAAUGGCAGUUCAGAUAAGACCUGCCACAGCUUAUCUGGAAGCAAUUCCAUUACAUAUGAUUUCACUGGCUUGUUUGUAGGAGAAUUGGUGUCAUCCCAACCUGUAGUGUUCAUAACUUCCUCCCCGCAGGAAGACCUCCAGGAGCGCUGCCAGAAUGCACACGCUGAGGCCGGUCUGACUAGCUACAAGAACCCGGAGGAGUCAUCUCGCUGCCAGAUGGAACAAAAGAAGAAAAUGUGCGUCCGCCAAACCCACCUUCUGGCGGCUCUCGCCAGCACCAGACCCUCUAUAAGUGCGGAGGACUGGAAGUUUUUCAACCAUCUCUAUGAAAACUUCCAAAAUCCGAAGGGCCCAAGUGGACAGAUGCUCGGAAGAGGACAGAAAGUAACGUUAGCCUAAAUAAUUCAGCCUAAAAUCUACCCAUUGUAAUAAGCCAUGUCCGGUGUAUAAUCAGGAUUUAAUAAAUGUCUUUUAUUUUUCAUAUGCUCCCUGUCUGAUUUUUUUAUUUUUUAUCUAUAAAUGGAAAAUGAUGUAAAUUUGGGCAAAGGCAGAUAACACUUGGAUCAUAUAGGAAAUAUCCAUAUGGCCCUUCUUAUUUACGGACAAUGCAGUUCCCUGGAGAGAGGAGUUUUACACAAUUUCUUAACCCCUUAAGGACU